GAUAAGGCACAUACUGGGUUAGCUCCUCCCUCGUACCAGGAUGCACAUAUACAACAAGUACAAGUAUCCACUGCACAAGCUAUCAGCCAGGCUGCCACACAAUCCAUUCAAGUACGGCAAGUUACAACACCUACACAGUCGGUAACUCCACAACCGUCAUUGUCACAACCAACACAAACUUUGGAACAUGUUGUACAAUCAGCUGCUAUCGUGGACACGCAUACCAUAUUAGAAAAUGACAAACGAGCUGUAUACAGGCAUCCUUUGUUUCCUCUUAUGGCUCUUUUAUUUGAGAAAUGUGAACAAGCGACACAAAGUACAGAUCCACCGACAUCAGCAAGCUUUGACGUGGAUAUAGAGACGUUUGUACGACACCAGGAACAGGAAGGCAAACCGUUUUUCAGUGAUGACAGUGAAGUCGACAACUUGAUGGUGAAAGCAAUUCAAGUUCUUAGGAUACAUUUGCUGGAACUGGAAAAGGUUAAUGAACUUUGCAAAGACUUUUGUCAUCGAUAUAUUACUUGCUUGAAAGGAAAAAUGCAGAGUGAUAAUUUAUUACGAAAUGACAUUCCUAAUUAUCCUGGAGCACAACCAACAGACCAACCUCUUCUGCAGCAGCAGCAACAAUUGCAGCCACAACAACAACAACAACAACAACAACAGCAGCAGCAGCAACAACAACAACAACAGCAGCAGCAGCAGCAACAACAACAACAACAACAACAGCAGCAGCAGCAACAACAGCAGCAGCAGCAGCAAGAACAACAAAUGCAGCAAGUUCAUCAAAUUCAAGUUGGUUUUCACGAUGAGUUCAAGGUUCAAACUCAGCCACAACAACAACAACAGCAGCAACAACAGCAGCAAGUACAGCAAGUGGCAACGGCGGGAUCUUUACAAGCGGGGGCAACUGGGACAGUAAUAUUGCAGCCAUCACCACACCAGACGCAAACCAUUCAUCAAGUACAGCAAGCACCAAACCAACCUACUGUUACCAUGGCAACUGUUGUGAACGCUGCUGGUCAGCUUGUGUAUCAGCCAGUUACCAUGAUAACUCCACAAGGACUACAAGGAUUAGUCACGCCGGGUGCUAUCCCAGGAACGGUACAAAUACAGACAACUUCACCACAAGCAAUGUCGCAACAAUUGUUACAAACAGCACCCUCAAUAAUCCAUGGCUCAACACCGAUAUCACAAAUUGGAAUUCCACCGGUAUCUUCACAGAUUGGAACGGCCACACCUACUACUGUUACAUUAUCUACUUCUACUCCCUCCAGUAUUGAUACAAGUUUGUUGGAUGGUGACUUGUUAAACAAGAGAAAAAAUAAGCGUGGCGUUCUUCCAAAACAAGCGACUAAUGUCAUGAGGUCGUGGCUCUUCCAACAUAUAGUGCAUCCGUAUCCCACUGAAGAUGAAAAAAGACAAAUUGCAUCACAAACGAAUUUAUCAUUAUUACAAGUCAACAAUUGGUUUAUAAAUGCAAGGCGGAGAAUUCUUCAACCAAUGUUGGACGCUAGUAACCCUGAACCAGCUCCUAAAGCUAAGAAGAAUAAAAACCAAUCACGGCCAACUCAAAGGUUUUGGCCUGAAUCAUUGGCUAAUGUGGGAGUUUCACAAUCAACUACAACGACGCAGACAACGCAACAGUUGGUGACAACAGCCACUGUUUCAGGUGAG